CAUAGGUAUAGAAAUGGAAUUCCGAUGAUAAGUAUUGAUAAUUAGAAAAAAGAAAUUGUAUCGAAUGAAAAUUCUUCAAAUUUAAAAUUAACUUUGGAAUUGAAUUAAAUUAAUGCUCUAAAUUAAUGAGAGAUGGAAAAAAUAAUCAAUUCAAUUCUGUUUAUUAACCUUGGAAAUGAAAAUUUCAAGCCUCAUGUUGAGGAGAAUCAAUUAAUUGCCUUUGAUAAACUAAUUUUGUUAUUUUAACCUUUUAAAUUAGAAAAACGUUUCUUUUAAUUUUAAAUUGUUGGAAAUUCAUCAACAAUCAUCAUCCGAUGUUUAAAUUAAAUUGUUGAGCAAAUAAACAGAAAAUUAUCCAAACAUUGGCAAAAGUUUCAUUCAAGAAUCAAUCUCUCAGCAGGUAAUCAGAAAAAAAAAUUAGAUCAACAAUCAACCAGUAAUAUCAAAUUCAAUGACUUUGUAAAUGAUACAAUUUAAUUAUAACAAAAAUAAAAACCAACAGAGUUUCAGACAAUUAACCGAUUAACUAUUAACUAAAGUCCACCAUGGAAACAGUUGAUACAAUUUCAAAAUCAAUUUAAUUGCUCUAAAGAUAAAUAUCGCCUAAAGGGUUGAUUUAAUUAUCCGAUUUAUUUGUCAAACCUUAAUUAAAAAACUGUUAUAAUUGAAUAAUUAUCAACAAUCAAAUCAUGAUUCCCAGAAUAAACUGAUUAAAGCUCGGAAUUGUUGAUAAACUUUCAUUAUAAUAAUAUCAAUAAGUUGUGACAUGCUCGUAACAAUCAACUAAUUGUAAUAAUAAUAGUGGUUAAAUCAUUGAGACGAUGAAAGUUAUUCCAUAUACACUUUCAUUCAAUGAUUGAAUCUCAAAGAGGCAAAGUUAAUCAGAAUAAGAAUAUAAAUAAGUUACAAUUAAAAGAAAAGUUUAAAAUUAAAUUAUUUUAAAUUGUGGUGAAUUAAUAUAUUCGGAAAAAGUUAAGAAAAAGAUAUAACUAAAUUUUUCACCAAAGUUCAGAUUGUCAAUUCUAAAUUGUUCCUAUUACCAUAGGAAUCGUUUAAUUGUUUUAGGAUAAAGAUCGUUGUUUAGAUCAAACUGAAAAAAUGGGCUAUGAUCUAAAUCGUUUCCGUGGACCGGUCAGUUCCGUUGUGAUCUGUUGUGUUUGUCAAAGUGUACUCGAUGAUCCGAUUCAAAGUUACAAUUGUAAACACGUUUAUUGUCGAGGUUGUAUUACUCCGAUUCUCAAUGAGUCUGGAGGCGGAGGUCAAUCAUCGUCCACUACAUCAACACCAAACUCUUCCUCAUCAAAUCAAUCCCUGAACUCAGCGGUCACCAGUUCGACUGUUGUAUGUCCCAAAUGUAAGAAACCGUUGGCAAGUGACCUUGAGAUACCCAAGAGUGUGAAAACUUUUGUAUCCAAUUUAGAGAUAAAAUGUGAUUACGCUUCGAACGGGUGUUAUCAGUACGUUAAAUUGGACGAUUUACCAGGUCACCGGGAAUCUUGUUCAUUUAAUCCGGAAAAUAGUCUAACCUGUGCCAAUAAUUGUGGUGCUGUAAUGAAACGAAAGGAAAUCGCUACACAUUGUUGCCUGAGUUACUUACAAUCGGUAAUCUCAGAGCGAGAUAGUUAUAUUGAUGAAGUGGUUAAAGAGUGUCGAGAGUUAAGGUCAGAAAAUCGUCGACUCAAGUUAACUAAUGGUAAACUUAAGGAAGAAAAUGAUAAACAGCGAGAUGAAAUUCGUAAGCUUAAAAAUGAACUUGACUCCAAAAAGGGAAUCACGUCGCUUCUAAAGUUUGAUCUUCUCUACUCGCAAUCGAAAGCCGUCUCUGAGGAACAUCGUGCCUACAUUCGAGAACUUAAGACCAAGGGAUUGAUCUCUUCGAAUAAAGUUUUCGAGUCUAUGAUUCUUGUCGAUAUAAAUAAUUUUACCACCAAGGAAUCGAACACAAGAAAAGCUGAAUUGCGUCGAUUUGUUCGUGUUCUUGAAAUGUUGGCACCAUUGAUUCAUCCUGAAUGGAAAAUAUUAACCUCCAAUGCACUUUACAUAUCGGUUUGUGUGGCUCUACUUUUGGGCACCUCAGGUCAGGUCAUCGCUUUGACCAAUAAUUUUGACAUCAAAUUGCGAACUGAAAAAUAUUAUGGCUUCUUGGUACAGGGAAACAAAUUGGACCUCAUUUUUGAUCAAUGCUGGAAAAGCGGCUAUUUAGCUUUGGCUCCGUACGAUUGUAUUAUUGGUAUUUUUCCCAAAACGGUAACUAAUCAGCUCAAAGAGGGAGGAUAUUUUUACGAUUAUACAACAUUGUCUCGGAAGAUGCCCAAUGGCUCAUUGGAGACCAUUAAAACGACCACUCAACAAGUGUAAUUAAACGU